AGACGGCGAGCACACAGCCCUCUCUCAGUGGAAGGCCGCGUCCGAGCGACACCUCGUCUCCGCCGUUCCUUUACUCACUCAACCCAACUGCCAUGGAGGAAUCAAGUAGUUGACGUUUCCUAUUGCAACCUUCUCUUUUUCAAGCUUUCUUCCCGUCCGAUCACCGAGUCUCGCAGCCGGUUUGUUGACCCCCUUCGCCACGUUUUUUCCUCAAGAACAUUCGAACCAUCCCAUCCGAAAGCAUGAAGUUCAUCAUCGGCAUCGGCGGCGUAACCAACGGAGGCAAAACCACCCUCACCAACCGGCUGAUCAAGAACCUGCCCAACUGUUGUGUGGUCCAUCAGGAUGACUUCUUCAAGCCCCAAGAUCAGAUUGAAGUUGGUGAAGAUGGCUUUAAGCAGUACGAUGUCAUCACUGCUCUGGACAUGGACGCCAUGAUGAGCACGAUCUACGCAUGGCUGGACAACCCAGUGAAGUUCGAGAAGUCGCAUGGCGUCAAUAACACCCUGGAUACUGAGAUCGUCCCAAAGUCUGACCAUAAGGAGGAGGAGGAGGAGGAGACUCACAUCCUUAUUGUGGAGGGCUUCUUGCUUUACAGCUACGGACCUUUGAUCGACGUGUUCAACAACAGUUACUUUAUUUCCAUCCCAUAUGAAGAAUGCAAAAAGAGGAGGUGCUCAAGGAACUACGCGGUGCCAGACCCCCCCGGCCUGUUCGAUGGUCAUGUCUGGCCCAUGUAUUUGAAACACAAGAACAUCAUGGAGACAUCAGAUGUUGGCGUUGUGCAGCUAGAUGGAACCAAGUCAAAGGAGCAACUGUUCAACUUUGUCUAUGGCGACAUCCUGAAUAACAUCCAGAAGACUCUUUAAAAAAAAGGUCAAACAAUCGGCUAAAAGGAGCAUAUAUACACACACACACAGCCAGCAAGCAGAAGACCACCCUGCCAUACGUUCCUAACCUAGCAGUUGACUGCUAUGAAAUAAAAGAAGAAAAAAAAAAUGCAAACGUUUCACUGACAGCAUCAGGUGCUGGCAUGAUUUUUUAUAACAACCAUAUUUAUUGCUUUGUUACAGCUCACACUCCAAAGAGAGCUGAUGGAUAUGUUCAGAGGAUGGAUGCACUUGUGUCAAUAAAUAAUCCUCUUGAUAA